UGCUGUCUGGUUACUUUGAUUGUUCAGACAGCAUGGUGUCUGCACAGAGGUGGGCAGAGUAUGGUUGCACACUUUUACAGUUACUGUUGUCAGUGUCUUUCUCACAGACUGAAGAGCCAUUCUGCAGACAAAUUGGGGAUCUUGAGAAACCUCAAUUGUUAAAGGAUGGAGACAUUAUGUUGGGUGGAAUCUUUUCUUUUCACAGCAGCUGGAAGAACAAAGAAAAUACUUAUACAGAAAAACCACUUCCACUGGAAUGCAUCAGCUUGAAUUUCAGAGAGUUCCAAUUUGCUCAGUCUAUGCUUUUUGCCAUUGAGGAGAUAAAUAACAGCUCAAAGCUACUGCCGGGGAUUUCACUUGGUUAUAAUAUCUAUGACACUUGUGGCUCCAUUGCCAGAAGUGUGAAAGUUGCACUUGCCUUGACAAAUGAUAAUAGCAACAUUUCUUCAACCUCCAUAUGUAUGAAAGCAGCACGAGUGCAAGCAAUAAUGGGAGAAACUUCCUCCUCUCCAAGCACAGCAAUAGCAACUGUUAUUGGACCAUUCAAUAUCCCGCUGCAGAUCAGCCACUUUGCCACAUGUGCUUGUCUCAGUGAUAAAACCAACUAUCCCUCCUUUCUCAGAACGGUACCCAGCGACUAUUAUCAGAGCAGAGCUCUGGCUCAUUUGGUCAAACAUUUUGGUUGGACUUGGGUUGGGGCUGUAAGAACCAACGAUGAUUACGGUAAUAAUGGUAUGGCUACAUUUACUGAAACCGCAGAACAGUUGGGUAUUUGUCUGGAAUAUUCUGUAUCUUUCUUCAGAACAGAUCCAUUAGAAAAAAUUAAAAAGGUAACUGAAAUUAUUAAGUCUUCCACUUCUAAAGUUAUUAUUGCUUUUCUUUCCCACAUGGACAUGGAUGUCCUUAUACAUGAGCUGUCGCUUAACAAUUUGACUGGGUUUCAGUGGAUUGGCAGUGAGUCCUGGAUCUUUGAUUCUCAAAUUGCAGCGAUGGAUAAGAAUCACAUCCUGGACGGAGCAAUAGGCCUUUCUAUCCCUAAAGCACAAGUCAGUGGUCUCAGAGAGUUUAUGUUUAAUGUUAAACCGCUAAAUUCAUCCAAUAGUCAGUUAUUUAAUGAGUUCUGGGAGGCAUUGUUUAAAUGUAAGUUCAGGGAAUCCAAAUCAACACAACCUCUAAGCGUCUGUACGGGACAUGAGGACCUUACAGGAAUGGAAAACAGCUUCACUGACAUGUCCCUCAUGCCUAUCUUUAACAAUGUCUAUAAGGGAGUGUACGCUGUGGCUCAUUCUCUACAUGAAAACCUUAGCUGCAACAAAACAUGUAACAACAACGUACAGCUAGAUCCGUUUACGAUUUUACAGCACCUGCGGAAAAUAAAUUUCAAAACAAAGGAAGGUGAUGAAGUGUAUUUUAAUAAGUAUGGAGAUCCGGCAGCAAGCUAUGAAAUAAUAAACUGGCAACCAGGAGAAAACAAGACUGUGGACUUUGUCACGGUUGGAAUUUAUGACGCAACUUUACCUGCUGGCAAAAGGCUUAGUUGGAGAAACCAGACUUUAAUUUGGGCGAAAAACUCAAAGAAGGUCCCUGUUUCAGUUUGCAGUGAAACAUGUCCACCAGGAACACGCAAGACUCUACAGAAAGGGAAACCUGUUUGCUGCCAUGACUGUGUAAAAUGUGCAGAAGGAGAAAUAAGCAACAGUACAGAUUCUGUCACCUGUGUGAGAUGUCCCCCCGAAACCUGGUCAAAUGAAGAAAGGAAUGCCUGUAUAAAAAAGGAGGCUGUGUUCCUUUCAUAUGGGGAAAUUAUGGGAGCAUUGCUCACAGCAGCCGCUUUAUUCGGUACAUGCUUGACUGCCAUCGUCACAGCUGUUUUCUUCAGAUACAGAAAAACUCCUCUUGUCAGGGCAAACAAUUCUGAGCUCAGCUUCUUGUUGCUCUUCUCCUUGGCUCUGUGUUUUCUCUGCUCUCUCACUUUUAUUGGUCAGCCCUCCAACUGGUCCUGCAUGCUUCGUCACACGGCAUUUGGCAUCACAUUUGUCCUCUGUCUCUCUUGUGUUCUGGGGAAAACAAUAGUAGUGUUAAUGGCUUUUAAAGCUAAACUACCAGGAGGAAAUGUGAUGAAAUGGUUUGGCCCUACACAACAAAGACUCAGUGUUUUUACUUUCACUGUUAUACAAGUUACCAUAUGCAUUCUCUGGUUAACAAUUUCCCCUCCCUUUCCUUUUCAGAAUUUUAAUGAAAUGAAAGAUAAAAUAAUGUCAGAGUGUUCUCUGGGCUCAGCUGUAGGAUUUUGGUCUGUGCUUGGGUACAUUGGACUUCUUGCCAUGAUGUGCUUCACUUUGGCUUUUUUGGCUCGGAAACUACCUGAUAAUUUUAACGAAGCGAAGUUCAUCACAUUUAGCAUGUUAAUAUUCUGUGCUGUUUGGAUCACUUUUAUCCCAUCAUAUGUGAGCGCACCUGGGAAGUUAAGUGUUGCUGUAGAAAUCUUUGCAAUUCUAGCCUCUACUUUUGGAUUGCUUAUUUGUAUUUUCAUCCCUAAAUGUUAUGUAAUGCUACUAAAACCAGAAAAAAACACAAAAAAGAAUAUAAUGGGGAAGGUGUAA